AUGGAUAUCGAGACCGAAAGUACCCUUCUCACAACACAGGCUAAAAUCGGGCUUCUGUCGCAUACAUUGGUAUCAAGCCCGAUAAUUCAGUGGAUUCUCCCCGCGCAUCUCAGGGGAAAGGACCAAAACGAUGUUGUUUUCGUUGGCGAACGGCAUUUGCAAAUCAAAGAAGCGGUAUCUGGAGUCCAUCUGAAGGAGGUCACUACCAAAAGUGACUUUGACUCGAAUAUUAUGGCAGCCAAGGUCAUUAAUGUGAGCACGGAGUUGCCUUGGGAGGAGGAAAUGAAGCUUGGGUCUAGCAAUCCAACAUUGCGUACGAACUCGGGUUUGCACCAGGGUCUUCCUCCUCAAAUAUUGGUGCUCAGUCUUGCUUCAAAAGAGCUAGUGUUCCUAUACUACUCGAAUGCGAGUGGCCAGUUUGUUUACCAUCAUCGGCCGCUACCAAACGAUGUCAGUGCCUUUGAACGAUUUGGCCGCAAUAUUGCGGUGGAACCAAGAUCUCGCGCCGUCGCAGUUAGUGCCUCGUGUGAUUAUUUUGGGGUCUUCGUCCUGAAGAAGCCGCCAAGCAUUCAGUCCCAGAUGGCUCAGAGCAAGCUAGACCCGAUAGCAGAGGAGCGCUUUUUCCGUGUCGAAGGCGAUAUCAUAGCGAUGGAAUUCCUAUAUCCCAAGUCUGAGGAUGGGGACAAGAUCAUUUUACUUUUGUUGGUUGCUCAAGACCACCUAACGCAUGCUGUUUGUUAUGAAUGGGAUGCGAACGAGUCUUUACGCCAGGCUACUCCACGCGUAAACAAAAAAGUAUUACCGUUGGAGGAUAGGCUACCGACGAUGCUGAUUCCGUUGACAAAGACGUCUUCCUUCUUGCUCGUCACGACGACUUCAAUGGCUGUGUAUCAAAAUAAGCUUGAUCCGCAGAGGCCACCUAGCAGGUAUCCGCUUCCUGUCUAUGAGCGGGAAUCUCAGAAAUCGCCCCUUUGGACCAGGUGGGCAAGACCGUUGCGCAAUUGGCUGUACAACCAAAAGCAUGAUGACAUCUACCUUUGCCGUGAGGAUGGAGAAAUCAUCUAUCUAGGCAUUGGCAGCGAAGGCGAACUUGAAAACCAGACUCAUCUAGGACAACUGUGCUGUGACGUUGACGCCGCAUUUGAUAUUUUGGAUAUCGGCUACGAAGGUGGUGACCUGCUCCUUGCGGCGGGCACGACAGGCGAUGGUGGCUUAUUUGUUCAGAAGGCUAGAGAUCAUCCACGAUGUGUUCAAAAGUUUAUGAAUUGGACUCCGGUCACCGACUCCGUCAUUGUGAAAAAUGAGAGUGCCGUAUCUUCGGACAUUGCAAGCGAUCGACUAUUUGUUUGCUCUGCGUCUUCAUUCUCGCGAGGAGCAGUAGUGGAGCUUCGGCAUGGCAUCGAAGCACAAAUCGGGUUAAUUGUUGCAUUGGAGGAGUUGUCUGGCACAAGAGACAUAUGGACCAUGCCAGACAACGCGAGCGGUGGCGUUUUUGUCCUAACCUCGGAUCCUGUGUCCUCAAUCUUGCUAUACCUACCUGCCGACUUUGGAGAGGAACUGUGUGCUAUCGAUGAGGAAGAGUCUGGACUCGACUUUGGCACACAGACCUUGGCGGCCGGCUGCACUGAAUCGGGAGCUAUCAUCCAAGUGACGGACAGGUCAGUAUGUGUGGGAGCAACUCCAGAAAUACCGGGCUACCGGCUUGAUGUCGACUCGGGUCAAACGGUUGUGGUGGCUGCGGUUGAUGGACCGACUUCACUUAUUGCUACUGCUGUUAGGACCCAGCAUGAAGUACGCCUACACGUGAAGAAUCUCAACACCAGUGCAAGCCAGCAUCAGCUCCUUGAUUUUAAUCCGCCUUUACUGAUCCAAGAUGAGCCCAUAUGCAUGACCAUUGAGGAUCUCGACUCUUCUCUGUUUCUUUUCAUAGGAACGGGCAGCGGGAAAGUCUUGGUGUAUAGCAUAGCAGAGACCGUCUCUUUCUUGAAGGAAACCACUGCCAUGAUUGGGAAUGAGGACGACAUAUCCAAAGCUAUUGACAGCAUUGCUGUCAUCAGCAAGGCCGGUAGAGAAUCACCAAGGAUGUACACCGUUCUAUGCGGUUUGCGAAGCGGCAUCCUGGUUCCCUUCGGAUUAUCACUGGGAAAGGGCAACACCCCUCCUAUUACGUUGGAGCAGACAACACCACAACAGUUAGGGCACACAUCAGUAAAAGUACAGGGCAAGGGAGAAAUUGCCUUGUUGACUUGUGGACAAGGAUUCUGGCAAGCAUCCUGCACCGGCGAAUUCGCUGAUCACACUGUUCAAAGAAUAUGGGUCACCGAUCAGAAUAACCCUGCAUACCAACCGAAAAGCAUACAUAGCUUUUCCAUUUCUAGUACGGCGGCUCAAGACAUGGAUGGUCUUUCUGGCACACUGUUCUGUGUCGCAGAUGGGCAGCUUAUGAUUUGUACCUUGGAUCAGGGGGCAAAGACCGUUCCAAGGAGGAUCGAUCUGCCAGGCAGUGCCAGCAAACUUGCUUAUUCGCGCCAUCUCAAGAGCUUGAUAGUGGUGUACUCUCAGACCACAUACGACACUGAUACAGAUCCUGUCAAACGCUACACCCGGCCCUUUAUUGAGUUUGUGGAUCCCGACCUACAACAUUCGCUCGUUGAUCCCAUUGAGAAUCCGCUGGAUGACGAACCCCGGCCUUGGAGACCGCAAGGAGCAGCAGGAGAGAGGAUCAGCUGCAUACUAGAGUGGACUCCCCGAAAAGGCGAUGAGGAAUAUCACUUCAUCGUCAUUGGCACGUCUCGCAAGAAUCAGCAGGAUCGGGGCCGAGUCAUAUUCUUGCAGGCAUACCGCGAUCCGUCGAAACCGUCGCGGAUCGAAUGCUCUAUGAAAUACAUCCACAAGUUCGAGGGACCGGUUUUCUCUAUUGCCACAUACGGUGCAUUCACCUUGAUGGUUUCAACGGGCCAUGAAAUCGUGCCCCUGGAACCGAAGUUCUCGCAAACACGAUGGGUUCGAGCGGCAAGGUACUCGGUCUUGUCUCCCGCGGUCCUCAUGACGGCCCGAGAGCCAUACCUCUACAUGACCACAUCCAGAGAGUCCCUUAUGGUGCUCAAAGCCACAGAAGACAAACUGACUCUUCAUGCCUACGAUCGGCAGAAGCACGACGGGCUCGCUCACGUCCAUAUUGGCGGAAAGAGGAACCUUAUUCUCUGCUCUAGCCGAGGUGGGCGAGUCAGCCUUCUCACCGAGAACGGGGUGACCGAGAACAACAAGAUGCUACCUACAGCCCUGUGUGACGCACACCUUCCUACUUCCGUGAUGAGACUCAACGCCGGCUCUAACAAGUCACCUAUUUCCUCCACCUCUCAGGUAUUCUACGGCAAUGCCCUGAAUGGUACGGUCUAUCGGUUCUUGACGAUCAGUGAAAAAGAGUGGCGCCUCCUACGCCUGCUGCAAAACCUAUGCAUUCGGGACCCGGUCAUUUGUCCGUUUACGCCGAAACGGAGAAGGCAGCGUAACCCUCUGGGACUGAUGGACCCUCAACCAUCUCAGAUGCAUAUCGAUGGCGACAUCCUCAGUCGCUUGCUAUUGCGUGGACCCGGGCAUUUGAUGCAUAUGCUCAGCGGUUCAUCUAUUCCCGUAACUGGCUCGUCACAGCCAGUCCUCGAGCAAUUCGCAGAAGUGGCCAGGGAUGUCCUUGGAGAGAUGACGGAUCCAGUAGAAAGUGUGAUGCGAUGGCUGCAAAGAAUACUCCAGGUGGAAUUCUAG